GUAGCAGGUCAAUUUCUUAAUCCCAUAUAGCAUGACAAACUAAAACAAGUUUACAAGCACAUUUUAAUUUGAAUACUGUAUGUAUCCGGCUGUGGCUUUACAGAAUUAAUGCAAUAAUCCAGCUCCUCAGAUUUAAAAAAAUGUGCUUUAACUGCUUUCAAUCGAGUUUUCUAUUAUCAUUUCGUAAAACUUAAGGCAUGACUAGUUGCUUCUCAUCUACGUGUGUCCCUGCUUAGGACAAAAAAAAACUUUUAGCCAGAAUCUUGCCAUUUCAGAGUGACAAUUGUAUGUGUUAUAGCAAGAUAAUAACGAGUCUAAAAGUAUUUAUGCAGUAACAGUUAACUGAAUCAAAUGGCAGUGUCAAUAAUUCGUUUGGCAAAACAUUGGCGCUGCCCUUUAUCUGGAUCGUGUCAAUAUAAGCAACUGCACAGUACCAUUACUUUGCAUGGGAAACGAAAUUUGCUUAAGAUGUUUGCCACCAAAGCAAAAAAGAAAUACUGGUAUGAAAGUCCAACACUUGGAUCUAAUCUAAUGUGGAAGACGAGCAGCUUGGAGAUUCAGAAAGCUGUUCCAACCAAGUUAAGAAGAGAGGACAGCAUACGCAUGCGAAUACUCAAUACUAUUCUGUACAAAGAGAUUACAGAUUUAAUGAUGACUCCUGAGGUCAGCCAAGAGCUGUUUGACCUAAAGAUGGAGCUUUCAAAGGUUUCCCUUCCUGUGGAUUUUUCAGCUUGUCGGGUGUACUGGAAAACAUGUGGCUCAGUUGAGCAAGAUCAAUAUGCCUGUGAAGUUUUGCAAAGGAGUGCUCCACGAAUACGAUAUUUGCUUCAGUCUCGUCAGGUCCUUGGAAGUGUGCCUCCAAUUGUGUUUGUUAAAGAUAAGGAAUAUGCUGCUGCUUUGGAGGUAGAAAGGCUGCUAAAAAUAGCUGAUUUUGGACCAGAUGAAGAGGUAGAUAUUUCUGAAAAGACAGAUGCCAGUGUAAGCAGCAAAGUUACUUCUUCAUUUAACAAAUCAUCGAUGGAGGUGUGCAAUUUAUCUGAAGUGCCAUCUUCUGUGAGUUCAGGUUUAUUUGGAAUUGAUCACCAAGCUCUUAACAAACAGAUCACAGAGUACAAAAAAAGAAACCAGGAGAACAUUAUUGACACAAGCACAAAUAACUUGUCACAAAAACAACAAGAACAGUUAGCAGAAAUACGGAAAAAGAAAAAGGUGAAGAAAAAGAAAAAGUUGUAUGAUGAUGAUGUCUCACCCAAAGAGUAUUUGUUGGAAAAGUACAGUGAAGAUUCAUUUACCAGUGAUGGUGCUGAGGACCAGGACAAUGAAAUGGAACAAAAUGAAGAGGAAGAAAUAAGCCAUACCGAGGCUGAUUUUGACAGUGACCCUGUACAUCAGCCUUCUAAACCUGAUAAAAAUGUGGCUACAGAAGUAUGAUGUAAGAACUCUGUAGUACAUGGGCAGAACUGCUUGAUUUUUUCCAAGUAUAAAUCAAAGAUCCGUAUAUGAGUUGAUAUUUAAAUUGUCACUGCAUUUUUAUUUUCUCAUAAAAUUAAUAAAGUAUCUGAUGCCAUCUUGAAAGACUA